AUGCAGAGAUCACCCAUAGAAAAAGCCAAUGCCUUCUCCAAACUCUUCUUCAGAUGGCCAAGACACAUUUUGAGAAAAGGCUACAGACAGAAGCUGGAACUGUCAGACAUCUAUCAGAUUCCUUCAUCAGACUCUGCAGAUGAACUCUCAGAGAUGUUAGAAAGAGAAUGGGACAGAGAAUUAGCAACAUCAAAGAAAAACCCCAAACUAGUCAAUGCACUUCGCCGAUGUUUUUUCUGGAGAUUUUUAUUUUAUGGAAUUCUGCUGUAUUUUGUGGAAUUCACUAAAGCUGUGCAGCCUCUCUGUCUUGGACGUAUAAUAGCAUCGUAUAAUGUGAAGAAUACCUAUGAGCGUGAAAUAGCAUACUACCUAGCCUUAGGACUUUGCCUCCUGUUCGUCGUUAGGACCCUCUUUCUACAUCCCGCGGUCUUUGGUCUCCAACACUUGGGAAUGCAGAUGAGAAUAGCAUUGUUCAGCUUAAUUUAUAAGAAGAUCUUAAAAAUGUCGAGCAGAGUACUUGAUAAAAUUGACACUGGACAACUUGUUAGUCUUCUAUCUAAUAACCUCAACAAAUUUGAUGAGGGUGUAGCAGUUGCCCACUAUGCAUGGAUUGCACCAGUGCAAGUAGUACUUUUAAUGGGAUUGCUCUGGAAUGAACUGACCGAAUUUGCAUUUUGCGGAUUGGGGUUCCUAAUAAUGCUUGCCCUUUUCCAAGCCUGGCUGGGGAAGAAGAUGAUGCAAUACAGAGACAAACGUGCAGGAAAAAUAAAUGAACGACUUGCAAUUACCUCUGAAAUUAUCGACAAUAUUCAGUCAGUGAAAGUAUAUUGCUGGGAAGAUGCAAUGGAAAAGAUUAUCAAUAACAUAAGAGAGGUUGAAAUAAAGCUGACCAGAAAAGUUGCCUACUGCAGAUACUUCAGUAGCUCAGCUUUCUUUUUCUCAGGCUUUUUUGUUGUGUUUCUGUCUGUGGUUGCCUACGCUUUCAUACAUACCGUAAAACUGCGUAGGAUAUUCACCAUAUCGUACAACAUCGUCCUUCGAAUGACAGUUACCAGACAGUUUCCAUCUUCAAUACAAAUGUGUAUGAUUCUUUGGGAACAUAUACAUAAAAUACAGGACUUCCUACAUAAAGAUGAACAUAAGACUGUGGAGUACAACCUGUCAACAAAGGAGGCUGAGAUGAUAAAUGUCACAGCAUCUUGGGAUGAGGGAAUCAGAGAGUUAUUUGAAAGAGUUAAACGGAAUGAUUCUGAGCAUAAGAUGGUGAAUGGCGAUGAAGGAUUGUUUUUCAGCAACUUCUCACUGCAUGUUACACCUGUCUUGAAAAACAUCAGCUUUAAAUUAGAGAAAGGAGAACUGCUGGCUGUGGCUGGAUCUACAGGAUCUGGCAAGAGCUCACUUUUGAUGAUGAUAAUGGGAGAACUGGAGCCUUCGGAGGGUAAAAUUAAACACAGUGGGAGGAUUUCCUUCUCACAGAUACCCUGGAUAAUGCCUGGAACUAUUAAGGAAAACAUUAUCUUUGGACUUUCAUUUGAUGAAUACAGAUAUACCAGUGUUGUCAAUGCAUGCCAGCUGGAAGAGGAUAUCACAAUGUUUCCUAACAAAGAUAAGACAGUUCUAGGAGAUGGAGGGAUUACUCUCAGUGGAGGUCAACGAGCAAGAAUAUCUCUCUAUAGGGCACUGUAUAAAGAUGCUGAUCUAUAUCUACUGGAUUCACCAUUUAGUCACCUUGAUGUAACAACAGAAAAGGACAUUUUUUGAAAGAUUGUAAUUUAUGCUUUUUUAAACAGUUGCCUUUGUAAACUCAUGGCAAACAAAAUUCGAAUCUUGGUGACUUCAAAACUGGAGCACUUGAAGAAGGCAGAUAAAAUUCUGCUGCUGCACGAGGGCCACUGCUAUUUCUAUGGGACCUUCUCUGAACUUCAAGGAAAGCCUGACUUCAGUUCACAGCUGUUGGGUUCAGAGGGCUUCGAUAGUUUUAGUGCUGAAAGAAGAAAUUCGAUUCUCACUGAAACCCUUCGCCGCUGCUCAGUGUCUUCAGGAGAUGGAGCUGGUUUGGGUGGUUUCACUGAAACCCGGAAAGCAUCAUUUAAGCAGCCACCAACAGAAUUUAUUGAGAAAAGAAAAUCCUCACUUAAGCUCAAUCCAAUAACUUCAAACAAGAAUUUUUCCCUCAUACAAACAGCUAUGUCAUACCCACAGACAAAUGGUAUAGAAGACAGCAACAAUGAGCCAGGCGAAAGACAUUUUUCUCUCAUUCCAGAGAAUGAACUGGGGGAGCCUGCACAGCCCCGCAGUAACUUAUUCAAAAGUGAGAUGGCAUUUCAGGCUCAUAGACGCCAGUCUGUUCUGGCACUCAUGACUAACUCUUCAGCAGCUCAGAAUAAGACUCACAUGCGGCGUAGUACUGUACACAAGCUCUCCAUGGCUUCUCAAACCAACUUUGCUUCUUCAGAUAUUGAUAUUUACUCAAGACGUCUAUCUGAAGAUGCACCUUUUGAAAUUAGUGAAGAAAUAAAUGAAGAAGAUCUGAAGGAAUGCUUUGCUGAUGAAGAGGAUAUCCGUAAUGUUACUACUACAUGGAGCACUUACCUCAGAUAUGUUACACUCAAUCGCAGCUUGGUUAUUGUCCUCAUCCUUUGCCUUGUUAUAUUUUCAGCAGAGGUGGCUGCCUCCUUGGUUGGACUUUGGAUAAUCAAUGAGUUAGCAGAAGAUCCUGGAUCAGCAACCAAUGACACCUCAACCACCCUCUCCAACCUUUCUAUAUUUUCUAAAUUUACUACCAAUGGCAGUUAUUAUUAUAUAUUCUACAUCUAUGUGGGACUUUCAGACAGCUUCCUUGCACUUGGUGUGAUUCGAGGACUGCCUUUGGUUCAUACCCUUGUUACCAUUUCCAAGGACCUGCAUAAACAAAUGUUACACUCAGUUCUCCAAGCACCCAUGACUGUAUUCAACAAGAUGAAAGCAGGCAGAAUUCUAAACCGAUUCAUCAAAGACACUGCCAUCAUCGACGAUGUGCUGCCACUCACUGCCUUUGACUUUGUGCAGUUGAUACUGAUCGUAGUGGGUGCCAUCAGUGUGGUGUCUGUUUUGCAACCAUACACUCUGUUGGCUGCGAUUCCUGUCAGUGUUAUUUUCAUUAUGUUGAGGGCUUACUUCCUCCGCACAUCACAGCAACUGAAGCAACUGGAAUCUGAAGCUCGCAGCCCUAUUUUCAGCCAUCUCAUCACAUCAUUGAGAGGAUUGUGGACAGUAAGAGCAUUUGGCCGACAGUCUUACUUUGAAACACUUUUUCACAAGGCUUUGAACCUCCAUACUGCAAACUGGUUUCUCUACCUUGCAACACUGCGUUGGUUCCAGAUGAGGAUUGACAUUAUAUUUGUCCUCUUCUUUAUUGCAGUUACUUUCAUCUCCAUAGCAAUACACAAUGUCGAGGAAGGAAAGGUUGGAAUUAUCCUUACCUUAGCCAUGAACAUCAUGAGCACGCUACAGUGGGCUGUCAAUUCAAGCAUAGAUGUGGAUAGUCUGAUGCGAUCUGUAAGUCGUGUUUUUAAAUACAUUGACAUACCCCCAGAAGGAUCUGAAAACAAGAACCAACAUAAUGGCAAUAGCCCACUGGGCGCACUUGUGAUUGAGAACAAGCAUCUAACCAAUGAGUGGCCGUCUGGAGGCCAAAUGAUGGUGAACAAUCUCACGGCUAAGUAUACCAAUGAUGGGCGUGCAGUGCUGCAGGACCUUUCCUUCUCGGUAAAUGCAGGACAAAGGGUUGGACUGCUGGGACGGACAGGUGCUGGGAAAAGCACAUUACUUUCUGCAUUUUUGCGUCUCCUGUCCACUGAAGGGGAGAUACAGAUUGAUGGGAUUUCCUGGAACUCAGUCUCUCUGCAAGAGUGGAGGAAAGCAUUUGGUGUCAUCCCACAGAAAGUCUUUGUGUUCUCUGGGACCUUCCGGAAGAAUCUAGAUCCUUACGAACAGUGGACUGAUGAGGAGAUCUGGAAAGUCACUGAAGAGGUUGGCUUGAAAUCAAUGAUUGAACAAUUUCCAGAUAAGCUUAACUUUGUUUUGGUGGAUGGUGGCUAUAUCCUCAGCAAUGGCCACAAACAACUCAUGUGCUUGGCUCGAUCCAUUCUCAGCAAGGCCAAAAUCCUGUUGCUUGAUGAACCUACUGCUCAUCUGGACCCUGUAACAUUCCAAAUCAUAAGGAAGACUCUUAAACAUACAUUUUCAAACUGCACAGUUAUACUCUCAGAACACAGAGUAGAAGCUCUCCUUGAAUGCCAGCAAUUUCUGGUAAUUGAGGGAUGUUCAGUCAAGCAGUUUGAUGCUCUGCAGAAGCUUCUAACUGAAGCAAACCUUUUCAAGCAGGUCUUUGGACAUUUAGACCGUGCAAAGCUAUUUACAGCUCACAGAAGGAACUCAAGCAAAAGGAAAACACGACCAAAGAUAACUGCCUUACAGGAAGAAGCAGAAGAAGAGCUCCAAGAAACAAGGUUAUGA